UGCUUCCUGAACCGCAGAGUCUGCACAUUACGAGAAAAAUGGCAGAUCCCAUGACACAGUCUUCUCAGAUAUCGUCGUCGCAAGGACUAAACGAUGGACACACUGCAGCGUCCAAAGACUCAAAGUUCUCGGAUUCCUUUUUUUCCUCUUCGCCUGUAUCUCUCAUUCAGUCUCCUCAAGACAAAAGGGUAGUACUGGGCUCUGACAGGCCUUCAGAGGGUGUGGCCACAUCACUUCGCUUUUCUUCCCAGCCAAGUUCCUUUUCAUCUGUGUGUUAUGGAAAUGAAUCCUCAGGACCACCUGGUGGAAAUGUAGAUCGUAGUUUCCAAGAGAAAAGGGAGCUUUUUGAAUCAUCAGUUGGAUCCCAAAGGCAGGACUCGUCCCCCAUAAAGGUCUCACCUGUGUCUGAGCGAAUCAAAGCGUUGGAAGCUCUGGCUUCAAAACAGAAUGAUUCUGAUUGGAAUGAUGGAGGAUUUCCUCAUUUCCGAGAGCGGCACUAUGAAAAGUCCCCUACAGAGAUGCAUGGCAUCUCUUCCCGCUCAUCAUUUAAGAAAAGGGCCACAUCCACUGAACAAGAAUCUCCCGAAUCACCUUUCGAAGUACUUGGUGAUGCCAGACAAGGGAGUGACUUUGAGGAUACUGCAGACUGGAUGAAAGCUCAUUUGCCCCCAGCACCUGACUUUGGCACUGGAGAAUCUGAUUUUGAUGAAACGAAAGAGUCUGCUGUAAUGCAGGAGAGCCCAUCAACAGAGAUAAAGGGCAAAGAUACAGAUGUGCCAGAAGUUCCUGAAUCUUUUGUAGGUGUUCCAGAUGAAUUUAUGGACACUCCUAUUGAAGUGCCUGAACAAAUGGUUGAUGAUAAUAAAGAGGCUAAGCAAGACAGUGUUGAGGAGGAGUCUGAAUUUGAUCUUAGAUUUUUACCCACUGCCUAUAUGUGGGACAAACAAGAGAAGUCUGACAUGGACACACAAUACCCAUCAAACAUCCCUGAAACUCAAGAUUCUGAGAAAGCUGUAUCUUCUGCACCACCUAUUGGGUUUGAAUCAUCUUCUGUUCCUUCUCCACCUCCUGUUGCCCAGAUGGACUCGAGUACAAAGCAGCAGUCUCAGGCUGGUGGCUCUGAACCUGCAGAGAUCCUUGAAGUUGACAGCUCUGGAGAAUCUGAUGAUACAGUGAUUGAGGAUGCAAGUGGUGGCCAGCCACAUGCAGGCCCUGCUGCUCUGGAAUUUGUACCUUGCAUAGAUAAGGUUACCCUUUCAGAUGACAAAGAGAAACCUGGCAUUCUGGUACCCAUCAUUAAUGUCAUUGAGACUGAGGAACAGAAUAUCAGUGAUGAUGAAAUGGUUCAGGAGGAGGAAGAGGAUGAUGAGAGAUAUCAGAUAAUUCAAGAGCCUACUACACAGGCUUCAAAAUCAUCUGAUGAACAUUCUGAGGUUUCAAAAUCUGAAGAGGUUCCCCUGAACGAAGAUGAUAUUUCCUCACCAACAAAGGUUAUGGAAUCUGAUGUAGAUUUUUCUCCAAAGCACAAGAUCAAGGAUGAUGUUAGUGAAGACCUUUUAAACCAGACUUGUGUUGAUUCAAAGGGAUCCACUUUGGAGGAUUCUCGUGAGCCUGUAUUGCAGAAUGUAUAUGAACCUCAAAAAGAGUCUUACGUUAACAUUGUUAAACCAGACAAAACUGCAGAAAUAACACAAGACCUGCAACAUAAUUAUGAGGAUCUCUCAAAUGAGAUUGAAUCCAGUGAUAUAGAUACAUACUUGGAUCAUUACUCUAGUCAAGAAUUAGCUUUGAAAGAUCAGCUAAAUUCAGGUGUUUUGAGUGAGAAUGAUGGGGAAUUGUAUGACCUACAAAAAUCCAACACUCUCGAACGUAGUCAGAAUGACACGAUGUUUGCUCAGCAGUCAAUUGAAGAAACUAUUGUUGAUGAAAUUGAUGAGCAGCUUAAUGAAAGCAAACAAAAUAUUGAUCCAGUUCCUGAGCCUUUGCUGGCUGGCAUCGCAGAUGUUCAUAAUGAGUCUGUGCUCCCUCAAAAUGAAGUGCCAAGUCCUGAACUAGAGGAUCAAUGUGUAGAUCUAGAGGACCGGACGAGAGUUACUGCACCAGGAAGUUCUUCACUGGUGGAGGAGAAGGAUUACAUCAGUCAGACCAUCGUGAGUCCACCCUCUAUUCAGGAGAACACUCCUGCUCCAUUCCCCUCUUUCCAUGAUGAUCCAUCAGGCAAAAUCAGUGAGGUGAUUUCUGAUUUUGUGUCCAGUGAUCUGAAUGAGGGAUUAGUGAUCUCUAGCUCUGAACCUGAUGAUGUUCCAGACAUAGAGAUGUCACCGGAAAGGACAAGUGAACCUGAGAGCGUUGAGCCAGAAUGCUCUGUGAUGACCGCAUCAGACAGCUUUGUGGAGUUUAUGAGGGAGUGCUUGAAGUCACAGCAGGAUGAGCAGCCCGAGAGCCUUGGUCUAGGAUAUGUCACCAAGGAUCCUACGUCUGUUGUCCCUUCUCCACCUGCUAUGAUUAUGGAUUUGGAGCAAGAGCGUCUUACUAUCUGUGCUCUCAAAGAGCUUGGGAGCAGCCAAGAGCAAGAGGAUGAAAUAAAUGUUUCCAACAAAACAACCUCCGUCUCUUCAAAGGAGGGUUCACAGCCUCCAUCUAAAUCAGAGUCUUCCGUCACCUCAGUUUCCACACCUCAGCAUCUUCCAAAUGAGUAUCAGCCUGAAACGUCAUUAGCCAAAGAGGUAGAGGCAAUCGACAUUUGGGUGGCAGAAGCCUACCACCUCGCAGAGCAUGUUUUGGCAGCAAUACUAACCCACCUGUCAGUAUACGAGCUGGUGCACUGGCGCGACCCGAAGAAGACGGGUGUGGUUUUUGGCACCUCCCUGCUUCUGCUACUGUCUCUGGCAGCUUUCAGCGUGAUCAGCGUCAUCUCCUACCUGCUUCUGGCCCUGCUCUGCGUCACCAUCACCUUCCGCAUCUACAAAUCUGUCAUCCAGGCCGUGCAGAAAUCCAGUGACGGGCACCCCUUCAAGGCUCUGAUGGAGAAGGAUGUCAGCGUGCCUCCUGAGACGUUCCGCAAGCACGUGGAUGUGUGCCUGACCUACAUCAAUCGCGCACUCAAGCAGAUGAGCCGUCUCUUCUUGGUUGAGGACUUGGUGGAUUCCCUCAAGCUGGCAGUGGUCAUGUGGUUGCUGACAUACGUGGGUGCUGUGUUUAAUGGCAUCACCCUCCUCAUCCUUGCGGACAUCCUUCUCUUCAGUGUACCGCCUUUGUAUGAGAAGAACAAGACCCAGAUAGAUCACUACAUUGAGAUUGCACGCACUCAAUUUAAUACUACGAUUGCCAAGCUACAAGAGAAGCUCCCUGGAGCAGUGAAGCGCAGUAAAGCGGAAUGAUCCCUCUCUGAUCCCUUCAUGACCACCUCUGGAAUCCCUCUAUUUCUAGCCUCCACCCCUCCCUGCAUCUUCUGUUUUCAUCCCUUCUUCCCCUUAUCCUUCAGUUUAAUCUCCAAAUGCAUCUCACCAACUAUCUGCACUGAACCAGCUAGUCUCUAAAAUCUCUGAAGCUUCUCAAUAUUCGAUGUUAACUCUGCAGCUUAACUACGAGCAUUAGGGAAGAUGCAUGGGGCUCCAGAGGCUGGUGACUCAACACAGGAAGUGAUGUAAUACUGCAACUGGAUGCCCAUAUAUGGAGCCCAUCUUUGGGCAGGGUGUGUGAACUAGACUGAAUCUUUGGCCUGGUUUCAGUGUGUCCAAAGGGGCUAUGCUAUUAAUAAAACAAAUAUCUAUACUUAUUAAUAUAUUUCAUAGGAUGUAAAUUGGAAGAGAAAAAAGACGUUUUUAAGUUUAGGCCACCAGGCCUGCUCUGCUCUUGAUUCUGGUAUUUCAUAGCCUUUUUCCCUUCUCACCCCCUCCCUGUUUUUUUUUUUUUUUUUUUUUUUUUUUUUUUUUUUUUUUUUUUUUUUUCCCCCCCACCAUAGGACACUUGCUCAUGUAUUAUGAAACUGCAAUGCACUGAUUGUUACUGGUCUCACACGUACACAGAUUGAUUGAUUUAUUAUGGUGGGUACACUGCACCAGCCAUGGUGAUUUGGUCUAGUUUGCUGUCCUGUCUAUUUUCUUUUUUUUUUUUUUUUGGCAUUUAAAUUUUUAAUUGUGUAUGUAUAUAUUAGUAAGAUUACAACAGGCUCUUUGCUGUGAAGAAGUAGUCAGCCUUGCUUUUUAUAUUUAAAAAAAACAAAAAACAAACAUGCCUCUUAUUUGUCUCUCGCGUUUGUCUGAGACUCCUGAGUUCACAUGUAAACGUGCGUUAUUCUGAUUAUUACUGUUCAGAUUAUUAUUAUUAUUAGGUCACAUGUAGGUGAUAGCUGCUCUUGACACACCAGUCUGGCAUUGGCAUCUUAAGUAAUUAGUAAUAUUCUUAAGCUUGAGUUAUCUGUAUAGAACCUUCAAAGCAUCUGAAUGGUAGAAAAGUUGAGGAUGACCAUGUCGCUCUUAUGAAGAGACGGAGCAAGAUGUAUGGUCAGUGUUGAGGCUGGUGGAGAAAACAUUCUCUCAUUUUGCUGAUCUUGGAUCAGCUGCAAGAUUUUAAGCGACCUACUUCAUGCAUACAUACACCUGAAAAGGCAAAACUGGUCCUAGAUCAGCAUUAGGAGAAACAUGACCAACGCUAUGGGUGAUAUCUUGUGAUAAGUGUUCUAAAUUGGUAUAUUGUAAAGGUUUUUGGUUCCUAAUUUAAAGAUGCAAGCACACCAUUGCAAAAGCUUGAGUGGGCUUUACUAAUUGUUUUCAUCUGCAUUUUGUUUCAUGAUAAAAUGUGCAGACUAUACAGUUAUGUCUAUUUGCAUACACUGAAAGGGACUUAAAUGUGAGGAAUAAAAAUGGAUGCACGUAGCUUGUGCCUGGUCUGUAUUUGGCACUGGAUUCUACCUGUCCUUGCUCUAAUAAGUAUCUGGAAGCGUUAGCGUGUAUAGGCUUCAGUAUCAAAUGUCUACUUGUAUUUAUUGAUAUACAAAUGGGUAAACUCAGUACCAGAUUAUAACAAUAACUACUGCUAAUGCUACUACACAGAUGUCUAUCAACUGCUGAAUGUUUCAUUGUAAUGUCUAUAGAGCAUUCCAGCUGACGCAUGCAGUCUUGUGUGUUCACACUGGAACUCAUUUUAACACAGUCCAAAUUUGCCUCACAUGGAGCGUUUCAUGAAGGGUCAGGUCCACAGGUGAACAUGGACUUGAAGGCCAAAACCGAAAUGACAGGGAUUUUUGUGUUGCUCCGCCCCUUGAAGCUCAACUGUAGUCUUGAAUCCUGUGUGUUCAGGAUUCAAUUUAGUUUUUUUUACAUGCGUUUUCUUCUAUGCAUGCACGCAACAGCGCACUCAGACACGCUCACCAAUGUUUGAAAGUAUCCUUUGUUUGUACCACCUGUGUCCUUGUGUUGCUGAACUAACAUGCGUUAUGUUGACUUGUGGGUCAUUGGUGUGGUGGUGCUUGAAGAAAUAGGAUAAGCUCCAGUAGCUAGUUUGAACAUUUAUUCUAUCUUUCCAACACUAAGUUAAAGAAAUAUUACCUGUUUGUUUUUUUUGUUUUGUUUUGUUUUUUUUUAGAUGCAAACCUUUUUCUUCUUUCGUGCUUCGAUUAAACACCUGCAGGUUUUUUAACUUCUGUAGUUUAACAGCAUGUUGGCUGUCUCCUUUUUUCGCUCAUGGGGAGAACGUUGCAGAAGUCAUGUUUAUCUUUUGGUUUUUGCUUUGGACUCUUGAUAACUAGAUGUGAUAACUAAUAUCUAUGUUCAGUUUGUUAGCCAUGAAUUAAGUUAAUCUGGGAGCUUUGGGGGGAGAAAAAAAGUGGAGGGAGAGGGGGAAAAAAAAAUUGUGGUCCCUGUAAUGAUGUCAAAGUGAAAUUAAUAAAAAUGUUAAAAA